ACACAGUCUUGCAACAUAUCCAUUGCAGUACUGUGCUGUCUGCAUUUCAAAGCAAUUCCUUCAAAGCAAUUUAUGUAAGCCUGUGAAAUUGAAGAAAAUUUGAAGGGGACUUCUGAAAUGAGUCUUGCAUGAAGAAAAGUACUGGAGAACUUGAAAGCUUGCAUACUUUUUAAGACAUCUGAAAUUGUCAUAAUAAAGAAAUCAUGGUGAAAAAGGUAGCCAUUGUUGGAGCCGGUGUGAGUGGACUGACCUCCAUUAAGUGCUGCUUGGAAGAGGGACUAGAGCCAACCUGUUUUGAGCAAAGUGAUGACAUAGGGGGAUUGUGGCGAUUCACAGACUAUGUUGAAGAUGGAAGACCCAGCAUGUACAGGUCAAUGGUCAGUAACAGCUCUAAGGAGAUGUCUGCCUUCACAGAUUUUCCAUAUCCAGAAAACUUUCCAGCCUUCUUGUCCCAUCACCAACUCCUGGAAUAUCUGAGGAUGUACACAAAAUAUUUUGAUCUCCAGAAAUACAUUCAAAUAAAGACAAAAGUGAUCAGCAUAACGAAGUGUCCUGAUUUUUCUAACACUGGCCAGUGGGAAGUUGUUACAGAGGCCAAUGGGAAGCAGAGCUCAACCAUUUUUGAUGCUGUGAUGGUUUGUGUGGGCUAUCUUACUGAGCCUUUAUUGCCACUCAAGAGUUACCCAGAUUUAGAAAAGUUUAAUGGUCAUUAUUUUCACAGCCGGGAAUACAAAACCCCAGAGGUAUUCAGAGAUAAAAAGGUACUUGUGAUUGGCAUGGGGAAUUCUGGAGUUGAUAUUGCUGUAGAAGCCACUCAAACAGCAAAAAAGGUGAUGAUCAGCACAGAAAGAGGUGCUUGGGUAAUAAGCCGUGUUUUUGAUAAUGGAUACCCCUGGGACAUGGUGUUUCUAAGUCGUUUUUUGAAUAUUAUCCGAAAUAGCCUUCCUGGACGUAUCACAACAUGGAUGAUUGCAAACAGAGUGAACCAGUGGUUUAACCAUGCAAACUAUGGCUUAAUUCCCCAAGACAGGAGUGUGAUGAGAGAACCUAUAUUAAAUGAUUUACUUCCUUCAUGCAUUAUCACUGGAAAGAUCUCUAUUAUGCCUGCAGUCAAAGAGUUCAAAGAGAAUGCUGUUGUGUUUGUAAAUGCUCCCACUGCAGAGGAAGUAGAUAUUGUUGUCUUUGCCACUGGAUACAAAGCUUCUUUUCCCUUCAUUGAUGAAUCAAUUCUCAAGGUUGAAAACCAUCAUGCUUCCUUGUACAAAUACAUCUUUCUUCCUCAACUAGAGAAACCAACACUAGCCAUUAUAGGCUUCAUCAGGCCAUUUGGUGCAAUCAUACCAGUUGUGGAAAUCCAAGCACGUUGGGUCACACGUGUCUUUAAUGGUUUGUGUAAAUUGCCUCCAGCCAAAACCAUGAUGGAAGAAAUCAAUGAAAAGAAAAAAAACAAAGUCAACUGGUUUGGCCUGUCCUUUGAUGAAGUCCUGAAAACAGAUUGCCUUGUUUACUGUGAUGAACUUGGUUCCUUCAUUGGUAUAAAGCCUAGUGUGCCAGCUCUACUUCUCAAAGAUCCCAUACUAGCAGUCAAGAUUUUCUUUGGCCCCUGCUCUCCCUACCAGUAUCGUCUGACUGGACCAGGAAAGUGGAAUGGGGCCAGAAAUGCCAUCCUGAACCAGUGGGAACGAGUCCUGAAGCCCACAAGAACCCGAGUUGUGGAAGAUUCCUUGAAUUGCUUCUCUUGCUUAUUGAAAGGGCUUGCCAUAUUUGUUAUCUUGGUUGGAAUUUACCUUAGUUUCAAUUAGUUUUUGCAGACCACUUUGGGACAACCAAGGUGCAAAUUUCUCUUUUUAAAAAGGAUGUGCCACUCCAGGUACCUCUUCAAAAAGUUAGAGUUCUCUAAACAUUACAAAAUAUUAAUUUUGAAUUUAUUAUUUGACCAAAUAGUAAUCAGUUAAUUAUGUUUGAUUUUACUUAAAAGUAAAAGAAGAUGUAAAUGUUGACCUGACCCAGUUAACUAUUUUUUUGAAGGGCAGCCUUGGUAUGCCACCCAAAAGGCAUUAUCCGGCCUUCAGCUUUAGCCAUGACAUUUUCUUGAGUUUGUUAUAGUCAUUUGGGUAAUAUAAAAAGUCCUACUAGAAUAUAUAAAAGUUUCAACUAAUUGAUCUUUCUGUGGCCAGAAAAGUAGGACAUGAUUAAAGUUCCUGUUCCCCAAAAGCCAGUUCUCAGACCCACUGUGAUUAAUAUUUAUUGAUAGACAUACUUUUCUACUCCCCUUCAAAAUCAUUCAGAUUCAACUCCACAUUGUUUGAGUAAAUUCCAUAUUUCAUGUGAAGGAUCCCACUCUUCUUUCUGAAAGCAAAACAAUUACAUUGCUUUGCUUUGCUUUGCAUUGCUCUUAUUUCAUCUGGCAAUUCUAGUUGCCUAAGAGGUUCCUAUGCUUGUGCAGACAUCACUUCCUGCCUGUAAACCUUUCAAGGUAAUCCAGGUAGGAAACCAAAAUAUGAGUACUCAUGCUACCUUUAUUGUAAGAUUACAAUAAGAGAAUCUUGCAAGUCUAAAAGCAUUUCCCCCCUCCCUUGCUUUUACUUUCCACAGAAUUAGGAAGAGUCCUUUCUGAUAUGUUUUUUCCACCUGCAUUUGCUGUUUGGCCUCAAAUUUUGUUCAUCAGACCAUUGUUUAGACUGCAGCUCUUCCUUCUGUCUUGCAAGGUUAUUUUCACAGCCAAUUACAUCACCCUUCUAGUCAACACCUGAAAGAAUCAGAGGCUUUGGUGCAUAUAUAUUACAGGUAGUCCUUGAUUUACAAACAUUUGUUUAGCGACCAUUCAAAGUUAUGACGUCACAGAAAAUAGUGAUUUAUGACCGUUUUUCACCCUUAUGACUGUUACAGCAUCCCCAUAAUUACAUGAUCAAAAUUAGGUCACUUGGCAAUUGGCAUGUACUGUAUUUAUGACCGUUGCAGUGUCCCGAAGUCAUGUGAUCACUUUUUGCAACUUCUGACAAGUAAAGUGAAUGGGGAAGCCAGAUUCACUUAUCAAUUGUGUUAUUAACUUAACAACUGCAAAGUUUCACUUAACAACUGUGGCAAGAAAGGGUGUAAAAUGGGGCAAAACUCAUUUAACAACUGUCUUGCUUAGCAACAGAAAUUUUGGGCUAAUUGUGGUCGUAAGUCGAGGGCUACAUGUAUUGGAACUGCCAGAUGAAACUUCAAGUCAGUAUGAAACAUUCUGAUAUGAGUUACUGCCAUGUCACUAUGGCAUCAAGCACCUCUUCAAGGGCAAACAUAGCCAUUUCACAAAGUUUAUUAACUAUAGUAGUUAAUGGCUUGAACUUACUGUUAUCCUUUGUCUCUCUGCUAAAUGUCUCAUAAUUCUGGAUCCUCUAAGCCAGGGGUGAAAUGCUCCUGGUUCGGACCGGAUCGCCCAAUCUGGUAGCGAUGGAGGCGGGUGGUUCGGAGAACCGGUAGCAAAAAUCCCUGCCCCUCCACCCAUGCCCAGCUAAGCCGCGCAGAGGCUUUUUUUUUUAAUUUUUAAAAGCAUUUUUUCUACAACCUCUUCGGCCGAAAAAAUGCUUUUAAAAGUAAAAAAAAAGCCUCUGAUGAUCGCACGGCUCAGCUGGGAUCAUCAAAGGCUUUUAAAAGCAUUUUUUCUACAAUCUGUUCAGAGAUUGUAGAAAAAAUGGUUUUAAAGGCCUCUGAUGAUCCCAGCUGAGUUGCCUGAUUGGCAGAGGCUUUUAAAAGAAAAAAACCCUCUGCCGAUCAGGCAACUCAGCUGGGAUGGUCAGAGCCUUUUGAAAGCAUUUUUUUACAACCUCUUUGCCGAAGAGGUUGUAGAAAAAAUGGUUUUAAAAGUAAAAAAAAAAAAUUGGCCACACCCACCAAGUCACAUUACCCCCCCCCACCAAGCCACGCCCACAGAACCGGUAGUAACAAAUUUUAGAUUUCACCACUGCUCUAAGCAUUGACUUUCAACUUUUUUUUAAUCCAUUCAUUGGUACCCUCAUGAUUUUAAGUGGGUUAGGACAGUGGUGGGAUUCAAGUAAUUUAACAACCGGUUCUCUGCCCUAAUGAUUUCUUCCAACAACCAGUUUGCCAAACUGCUCAGAAAGUUAACAACCGGUUCUCCCGAAGUGGUGCGAACUGGCUGAAUCCCACCACUGGGUUAGGACUUGGAGAUGAGAGAUAUACAAUCAGUCAGAUGUAAAACUGGUAAUUUCCUCUUAAUAACAAGAACAAAACAGCUCUGUGACAUCAGGCUAUAGUGCAGCAUUAUCAGGCACUUAGUGGCCAACUGGAUGCAUUUGCAAAGGUAAAAAGGUAACAUCCAAAGGAGGUUCAAACCAAUCUACAGUAUCUUUGGUGUUCAAAGAGAGGUUAGAGUUCCAUGCCAGUGUUGCAGAUUUAAACCAAUCAACUUGUUUUCAUUUGGAAGGUUCCCAUGCAGGAAUUAACUUUUUCUUCAGAAUCUGUGACCAAUAACUGUACAAACCUCCCCUCACCAUUGAUAAGAUGUCUUGUUUUGACUGCAAACACAAGAAAACUAGGCUAAGAGAUUUGUUUGAAUGUUGCCUUCAUUUUAAUUUUGCUUUAAUGAACAUAAUGGUGUCUGUUUACAGAGCUGAUUAGAGAACAAGUAUAUUAAAAAGUUAAUUGUGUGACUGGACAUGCACUAACCAAGUCAGCCUCCCCAAUCUACUACUCCCCAGAUGUUUUAGACGAUACAGUAGAACCUCGGGUCACGAACGCUUCUGACCACGACCAAACUGAGUGCUGACCAAAGAAAUCUGCUAAAUGUUUCACUCUGGUCACAAACACAUCCUUGGGUGGCGAUCAAACACAGCCGCGGCAAUUUUCCCUUCCGUGCCAUUUUUUUUUUCUGUAUGCGCAUGCGCAGUCAGUCUUACGUCUGGUUAUAACCAAGUCAGGUUGCGGACCAAAGUCCUGGAAAGGAUUACAGUCAUGACCGGAGGUUCCACUGUGCCCCAAAUCAUCUUAUAUGGCAAGAAGCAAAGGAUUGUAAUCAUUUAGCAUUUGUGGUAGCAAUAUCAUCCUAUUUUAAGUAGCAUAUUUACACACAAAGUGGUUUCAUAUGUUUGGCUACCAUAUACAUAUAUGGUAAUAGAUACAUAUAUAUUAACACAUAUAUUUUUUAUUCCUACCAGAUAGGAUUGCAAUGCCAGGACAUUAAUUUACUCCAUAGGAUAUUGUGUUAUCUUUUAAAAUAAUGCAAAUUUUUAGAGAAUAUAGGAUGACUCAGAACUUUGCUUUCAGCAUUGCUUAGCCUGAUCCCUUGGGAAAUGGGAUAUGAAAGCAAUAUGAUUCCUUAAGCUGGCAACUAAGUUCAGAGUUUCAUUUUACUAUGAUGAGUAAUGGAUAUUGGCAUAUGCAUUUUUAUGCUAUAAUUCUCUUAAGGCUCAGUCAUAAUUGUUAGUAAUCAGAUAUAAUGGGAACUAUAAUCUAAAAUAUUGUGAAAGAAAAUUGACAAAAAUAUCAAGUUUCAGAACAGUUAACUGAAGUUACAUAAUCAUAUCUUAGAUAAACAAAUGUUCAUAUCAGUUUUAAUAGUCAUGCCUAUUAAAACCUCUUUUUCUAUUUCCUUCUAUGUUACCAUAUAUUGGUGCCUUCGCCAAACAAAUUUGCAUUACAUUAAAAAUAUUUAAACUUUAACUUCAUUACUAGUGCUUGCAGUGAGCAGUAUGAUUUUACUUCAAUUUUGGUACUGAAAAAUGUAUUCUUCUUAGAGUCAAAGGUAUUCUCAAAAACUUUCUCCACUGUCACAAUUCAAAGGCAUUGAUCCAUUAUCCUUUUUAAUUGUUAACUUAGUUCUGAUAUGUUAAAUUAAUAAGACUAUGGCUUUGACAAUAGGUAUCUUUGUUGUCAAGAUAUUAUGCUUUGCAAAUUGCACUAAAAUACUUUAAAUAAUAUCAUAAAAUAUAUGUUUAAUACCAUUGAUAUUUUGCUGUCAGAUAUGCUAUAAUAAACAAAUUCUACUUUAA